AAGAUAAUAGCUUGUUUUCUGCAGACGCACAACCACCAUGGAGCUGCGUCUCUCCGUCUGUGUCCUGCUGCUGCUUUGUGCAUCAAGAUGUUCAAACGGAGGAAAGAUUUUGGUGUGGUACACUGAGGCCAGCCAUUGGAUCAACAUGAAACCUAUACUGGAGACUCUGGUGGACAGAGGACACCAGGUGACCGUCCUGGUUCCAAGUGCAUCGAUGUUCAUGAAUAGCAGCGAACCUUCUCGCUUCCAGUACGAACCAUUUGACGUCUCCAUCUCACUGGAGGCCAUGGAGGAAUCACUUGAAGAAUUUAUUCAUUUUGCAAUGUAUGAGGCAGAUUACAUGAGCUACUUUCAGGUUUAUGUCAGAUAUAUGGAACUUAUGAAGAUUGAGCUGCAGAAUGACCUUGAUAUCCUCAGUGGUGUUGUCAAGUCAGAAAUGCUGAUGAAGAAGCUGAAGAGGGAAAACUUUGAUCUGCUUUUUGCUGAUCCCCUCCUGCCUGGCAGUGAAUUGACUACAGACAUGUUGGGCAUCCCCCUCGUUUACUCGCUGCGUUUCUCCUUAGCUCAUAACUGGGAAAGGAUGUGUGGUCAGCUACCUGCUCCACCUUCCUUUGUCCCUGGCGCUAUGAGCAAACUUACAGACAAGAUGGACUUCUCAGAGAGACUGUGGAACAUCCUCUUCUAUGCUCUGAAUGACAUUGUAAUUGACAACGUUAUGUGGAAUAUGUUAGAUAAAUACUACUCAGAUGUCAAAGGAAGUCCCACCAGUGCCUGUGAGUUAAUGGGUAAGGCUGAUAUCUGGUUGAUGAGGACCUACUGGGAUUUUGAUUUUCCUCGCCCAAUCCUCCCCAAUUUCAAGUUUGUUGGAGGGAUCCACUGCAGACCAGCUAAACCUUUACCAACGGAUAUGGAAAAAUUUGUACAGAGCUCAGGAGAUGAUGGUAUUGUGGUGUUCACUUUGGGAUCCAUGAUUAGGAACGUCACCAUGGAGAAGGCAAACUUAAUAGCUUCAGCGCUUGCUCAGAUUCCCCAAAAGGUACUUUGGCGAUAUAAUGGGGACAAACCAAAAACGUUGGGUUCCAACACCAGGAUUUUAAGCUGGAUUCCUCAGAACGACCUGCUGGGUCAUCCUAAAACAAAAGCGUUCAUCACUCACGGAGGAACAAAUGGGAUCUAUGAGGCCAUCUAUCACGGUGUUCCUAUGGUAGGCAUUCCAAUAUUUGGGGACCAACCAGACAACAUGGUGCACAUGGAGGCUAAAGGAGCUGCAGUCAUUCAGAACAUAAACUUCAUGACAACAGAGAGCCUGAGGGAUGCGAUCCUGACUGUCAUUAAUGACAAAUCCUACAAGGAGAACAUGAUGAGACUGUCGAGAAUCCACCAUGACAGACCCAUGAGUCCUCUGGAUGAGGCGGUUUUCUGGAUCGAGUUCACUAUGAGAAACAAAGGAGCCAAACAUCUGCGGGUCCAGGCCCACGAACUAACCUGGUACCAGUACCACAGCCUGGACGUCCUAACCUUCUUCCUCAUUUUAGACAUACUCUUCAUCUUUAUUCUUUUAAAGACCUGCAGCUUCUGUUGGCACAGAUGCUGCAAAAGUAAAAAGGUCAAAAGAAAAGCUGAAUAAAAGACAGAAUAGAACCUUUCAGAACUUAAUGGGAACUCAACCAUUCAUCUCCACCCUCAAACUUUACUUCAGAUGUGUGGUUUCCUUAGCUGAAACAAUGUCCUUAAAUACCUUUCAGCUGUGCUAAUUAGCAUGUUCACAGCUGAAGGUAAUUUGAUUUUACCAGCUGAAACCUUAUUAGCUGGUUAUGAUUGAGAAAACAAAAAAAACAAACAUUUGAUUUCAUGCCUUUAUUUGAGAACCAUUUAUAAUAGCUUAUCUUUGAGUCUCAUAAAUAUAUAUAUGUACAUGACAGAUGGGCUUCAACUCAAGAUGUCAUUAACAGAAUCUAUAUCUGACCAAUUUAAGUAAAAACAAAAAAAAAAUAAACAGCCCUUUUUCUUUGUCACACAAAUAUUCAUAUGUUUCUUAUUGAGAUAUUGCGGUAGCUCCUCAUUUUUUCAGUUUCCCAUCUUCUUUCAUCUUCCACUGCAUAAGCUCCAUGCAGGCAGAUGCAUCUUCCUCAGUGUUGUGGCCACAAACUGGGAGAAAUAGUGGCAGAUGGAUUUAACUAGCAUUUUGUUGCAGUUUUAAUAUUCACUCCAUUUGUAUUGUUUCAGAUUAAUGUGGUCGUAAUGGCUUGAAAUAAAUAAAUAUAUGAGACUUUCUUAUAAAGGUGGUAACCCACCACUCUCUUGAAUAAUCCUCCUGAGGUAUUCAGCUGUGAGACUGUUGAGGCUCAGCUUGUUAGGUGGUCCUAGACGAUGAGGGAAGACCACCGAAGUGUCUACCACCAACCCAUGAAGCAACUACAGAGGGGGAAAAAACAAUGAAGGCUGCUGUCAAACCCUUCAUAGUUUAUGUUCCACACUGAACCCCGCAUAAGAAAACUGGUAAAGGUGAAUUAAAGUUAAAAACAAUACAGAAAUCUAAAAUGUCAGUUAUCCAAUGACCCUGUUAAAAGACACAGGGAUGCUGCUGUGUAUGCAACUGGCUUUUCAGUAGUUUGUGCCCCCACCACAAAAUACGUUUAAUAAAAUGGUGUUUGAUGGUUUUGUAGUAUUGAUUGUAGUCUAUUAUAAAACUGUACAUUAAAAGAAUGACAUCUCUGAAAUAAUAGGAAGAAAAAAAAAGUAUAAACAGAAAUUGCAGCUAUAAGAACUGGAACAGUAAAUUUAUGUGAAUAAAAUACAAAUUACAGAUAAGAAGGUAAUUUAAAGGCAAAUAUAUUCAAGAUUUGCCUUACAAGGAGCAGGAGUGCUCUAAUCGAAGCCCUCAUUUCACAUGUCGGGUAAAAAAAAAAAAAAAACUACAAUCACCUUGAGUAAACAAAGGUCUGUUUCCAGGCCAUGUCCAACCAGAAUAGUGUCUGCAGUGAUGAAGCUCAACAAAGUCUCCUGGACCUCCCUGAGGGAGGGAUGGUUACCUUUCACAUCUUCCUCACUGAUUCCUGAAAACCUAAAGACAUUUCAGGAAAGGAACUUCAUAAAAAUAAGAGUUGUGAAGAUCAGAAAUAGUUAUAUUGCCAAAAGUAGUUGUAUUUGUAAAGUAUUUGUCUACUUUUGUGUAUUUGAAGACAGCCUGUUCUUCAUCUGUAGUGUCAGUUUGUCUGUACACACCCAGAUUCUGCACGCCAGAUUUUAUUCAAAAACCACGGUACUACUAGAAGAUCCAAGUGAUUGAUUUGGUGGCAAAAUUGAAUUAACCUAAAAUUAACUAAAAAAAUAUUAAAGCCUACAGCUCCUGUCCCCCAUCGCAAAUUAAACAUCAAAUUCUCCCAUCAAAUGUGGGAAACUGCCAUAUUUUAAAGUAGUUUUCAUUUUAUCACCAUAGUUGUGUUGACUAGGACUAAUACAUAAUUACAUAUACAUAAUUAUCAAUACAUAAUAUGUAACUGGGAUUGGUCCAGACAGUGUCCCGAUUUGAAUUUGGUGGAUCGGUGUGGAGGGAAUUUAAGAUUAGGGUGAUUGUAAACCCUAACCCUAGGUCUUCCAACACUAAAGAAGAGUUCACCACCAAUGAUGCAGUCCACUGAAAGAAAAUAAUAUUACUGGAAAGUGAAUCUAAUUAUUCAUCAAUUCUUAAAGAUCUUUAUCAGUUAUGAAGAAGCAUGAUGAUAUUCAAUGCCAUUUUUAGCAAUAUAAAAAUGUAUAAAAAAAACAAAAACAAAUUUAUUUUCUAGUCUUAAAGACUUUAGCUUUAAAAUGUCACCUUUUGAGAAACAUUUCUUAUCAGAAAACUGUACAUUUCAAAAGAUAAAUGUAAAAUCUUUUGACGGGUGUUAACCUCAUGAGCUGCACACACAAACUGAGCCAGAGAAGUGUUACCUGGUGUUAUAGUCGACGACCUCAUUAUCAGGUCUGACAAAGGUGUCGUAGACGACCUGAAGGUUGGAGUUGAUCACCGUCACUCUGGACAGCUCCAGCCCUUGAACAGUGUAACACUGUAGACAUUCAUAGACAGUCACACAACAUUUCAUUACAAACGUACAUUUUAGAAAUCAACUCGUUAUAAGAUAUUAAUUAAUACCAUUUCACAAUCCAGGGAAUAAACUCCAGGACAGCUCAUGUCUGAGGGACAUCUGGGUGCAGUAGAUACAAACCCAUCCAAGCUGAGAAAAUCAUGGACAUGCAACUGGGUGAGAAAAAAAAAAA